UGUGAAUAAGCAACUUUACAUGUAUGUAAAGUUCAUAAUUCUGGAAUGGUGGUCAAAACAUCACCGAGAAACGAAUAUUUGACUAUCAUAUUUCUGUCUUAGCAAUGCUCAUUCCAGCAUCGCAGAUAUUCAUUGAGCAUAGCUCAGCAGCUAAUAUUCUUAUUGAUUUAUUGAGUGAUAUUGCUGCUCAUCUUCAACAGUAUUUAUCGAAUGGUCUUAUCGAAAAAUUUGACCUGCGUUAUAAAUGUUGGGCAUUUCUUAAAAAUCAUCACAGCUAUUCAUCAAUUGAAAAAACAGAUAAAAUGGAUAAGAAUAUUGUCGAUUAUUUUCUUCAUAUACUAUUAAAUAGUAUCGGUGUAUUUGCGUCACAAGAUGAAAAUAUUUAUGGCUUUCUUUAUUCAUCAUUUCAAGAAUAUUUUACAUGUUUGUUUCUUAUUCAAUUAUCUAACGAAAACGACGAAGAAAUUUCAAGAAUUGAUCUAGAGAAAAAUCGAUUUUUGCAUUAUAUUACAAAUCCAACAUUUCGUGAUCCACUUCUGCUUGCUCUCGAAUCGAUCAUUGAUUAUGGUCAAGAUUCUGGAGGCAAUGAUCUUUUUGUCAUCGAUCGCCUUCUGACAACUAUUUCAAUAAUCAAUCCAAAUUUAUGCGUACAAAGAUCUGUAAAACAAGAUAAUAUUGAUAUUAAGACUUUACCUCCUAUUCUUUUAGUCAUCCUCAUUGCUCUUCAUGGGGGUUUAUAUCGUUUUAACCAGCCGGAUUCUGACAACAAAGUUACUGUUAUUUUUUCAUUAUCACAUAUGCAUCGUGAUUGUUCACAAUCCUCAUGGUUGAUUAAUUAUUUAAAUGCAAAUAAUUUGACUCAUCUACCUGACAUUCAAAACAUCGAAGAACAGAUUAGUAAGAUUUCUUGUGAAGAUGAUUCUCCAGAAACGAUCGAUUUAUUUAUGAUCUGGCUAUGUGUAACUCAUUUCGAAGAAUAUCAAUGGAAAAAUUGUUUCUUAGGAUUUCUAUUUAACGACGAAAUAGUCAAAGAAAAUACGUUGCAUACUGAACUUUUCGACGAACGACGACGAGCAGGAGAAGUACAAAAUAUAACCGGAAAUAAUAUACACUUUUAUCAAAUAUCAAUCUCACUCACUGUUUUAUGUGCUGCUUUGUAUGAAGAAGGAUAUCAACCGCAUGAAAGUGCUGAUGAAAUAAUGUUAACUGUACGACUUAUUACAGAACCUAUUCUUCGUUUACAUACAUUAACUAUGAUAUGGCAAUUUUCACAAGGCUAUACAAUGGAAAACAAUAUUCUUGAUUGGAUAUCGGUGGAAGCAUUGAAUGCGUUGUCUGCGGAACAUCUACUAUCAGUGAAUUCUUAUACUCUACUUUAA